AUGGAUCUAUCUAUCUAUCUAUCUAUCUAUCUAUCUAUCUAUCUAUCUAUCCCGCCCACCAUUGGUUCCAAUCAUUCCUUUAUUCCGUUUCUUUCUCUUUACAUUUGUCUUCCUUAUUCUUCUUCUUCUAUUCCUUUUCCGUUUUCUUCUUCUUCCUUCACUUUCAUGUCACGCUUGUCUUCUGUGACUUUCAUGUCAAACUUGGCUUCCGUCACUUCCUUGUCAAAUUUGGCUUCCGUCACUUUCUUGUCAAACUUGGCUUCCGUUACUUUCUUGUUAAACAUUUCUUCCAUCACUUUCAUGUCACACUUGUCUUUCGUCACUUUCAUGUCACGCUCCUCUUCUGUCACUUUCUUGUCAAACUUGGCUUCCGUCAAUUUCUUGUCAAACUUGUCUGUCGUCAUUUUCAUGUCAAGCGUGUCUUUCGUCACUUUCAUGUCACAUUUGUCUUCCGUCUUUAAUGUCUCAUAUGUCAUUCGUCAUUUUCCUCUUACAUUUGUCUUCCUUGUCACUUCCUUGUCACACUUCCUUUUUCUUGUUCCUCUUGUCUUUCAUUCUUGUCUCGCACGUCUUCCUUUAUUUUCUUGCUUUCUUACUCUCUACUUUUGUCGCCUUCUUUUAACUCUUAAUAUUAUGUGUAUUCUUAAUAUCGUUGACUUUCGUUCCUUCAUUUUUUACAUUUUUUGUUGCCUUCUUGUCAUACUUGUAUUGCCUUCCUUUCCUGUUCUAUUCGUUUUGUCGUUGCCUUCUUGUCAUACUUGUAUUGCCUUCCUUUCCUGUUCUAUUCGUUUUGUCGUUGCCUUCUUGUCAUACUUGUAUUGCCUUCCUUUCCUGUUCUAUUCGUUUUGUCGUUGCCUUCUUGUCAUACUUGUAUUGCCUUCCUUUCCUGUUCUAUUCGUUUUGUCGUUGCCUUCUUGUCAUACUUGUAUUGCCUUCCUUUCCUGUUCUAUUCGUUUUGUCGUUGCCUUCUUGUCAUACUUGUAUUGCCUUCCUUUCCUGUUCUAUUCGUUUUGUCGUUGCCUUCUUGUCAUACUUGUAUUGCCUUCCUUUCCUGUUCUAUUCGUUUUGUCGUUGCCUUCUUGUCAUACUUGUAUUGCCUUCCUUUCCUGUUCUAUUCGUUUUGUCGUUGCCUUCUUGUCAUACUUGUAUUGCCUUCCUUUCCUGUUCUAUUCGUUUUGUCGUUGCCUUCUUGUCAUACUUGUAUUGCCUUCCUUUCCUGUUACACUCGUUUUUCCUUGCCUUCGUUCUUUUUAUUAUUCUGUUUCGUUCACGUUACUUGUGUCUUCAGUUUCUUCUUUUGAAAAUUCUUUCUUUCCUUUAUUGUUACGUUCGUGUUUCUUGUUACUUCUUUCUUUCCUCCCAAUGUUCUGA